AUGAUACAUUUUUCGUUGAUUGUUCACGUUGGCUCACUUUACCUCGGGAGCGAUUCAAACAAGGUGAAUGCGGGCAGUACAAUUGCAUUUCAUGUCUACUCGGAUGAGGCUGAUCUGAUCGGACAAGAACCAGCUGCGAGCAACGCUCUCGAGCGCCGCCAUGCACAUUUGUAUGUAGCGCGGUGCUAUCCAUCUAACUUACCGGAGAAUCCGAGUCCCUCACCAAGUGGCACCCCAGUCCUCAAUAACCACCCUCUACUUCCCACAGAGGACCCGCUCACAUGGGACACAUACCCAGGACAGAACGAAGAAUGGCAGAACGCCAAUGACGACCAAAAUCAAUGUCUCCAGCGCCCAGCACCCACCAAAAGAAGGGCAGAAGGCGCCCCCAAGGAUGGAAGAAAGUCGAAAGAAUCCCUCCCCGACGCCAACAGGCGAAACGAGAGAACCCUACCGCUGCGAAUCAUCCAAGUUCACACGCUUGCAAGCUCUUUAACUACACUCUGGUGUAUGCUGGGCUCCAGGCAAGAGCCCUUCUCCCUUGUACAGGGCAAGGUGUUCUUAGGCUGUAGUAGCUGGGUCCAUUUGUGGCAGAAACAGUUUUGGGUUCACAAGCAAGCAUUCAGCUCGUUUGGUGACGGUGAUGUCCAUGCUGGGUUUGUACCGAGCGCAGGAUGCUUGCGUCGCUUCUAUGAUAAUCUAAGCAUCUUCCUCCAGCUUCCGACAUAUGUUGCGCAGAUUAUCAAGAGUCUUGGCAGGGUGAGCAGCACACUCCCUGUUCCCUACACUUCAUACGGUCAUGAAUGA